AUGGCCACCUGCAGCUCACACAUGAGGCGCUCUGCUCUCGUAAUCCUGCUGCUCAACAGCUUCUGUGUCUUCUCUCAAAUUUCACAUGAAAUUACCUAUGUCGUGGCCUGCUUUGAUGAUGGAAGAACUGAGACACAGUAUGAAUUUGAUGCUGAGGAGCUUAUGUAUGUGGAUUUCGAGAGACAUGAAGUUGUAUACACGGUGCCCCGGUAUUUCAUAUUUAACCCAAGUGAAACAUUUCAGGAUUUGAAUGUAUAUAAAAAUGCAAAAAAAGCCAAGAGAACAUGUCCAGCACUUCUGUCAUACUGGACAGUAGAGGAGAAAAAUCCACCUGAAGAUAAAGACCCCCCUGAGAGCAUGCUUUACCCUGCAGAUGAAGUCGAGCUGGGAGUUGAAAACAGUCUGAUCUGCUUUGUGAAUGACUUUUAUCCACCUUCCAUCAAUGUCAGCUGGACCAAAAACGGCCAUCCAGUGUCUGAGGGGGUGUCGCUCAGUCGGUAUUUUCCCAAUAAAGAUCAAACCUUCCACCAGUUCUCAACUCUGGUGUUCACCCCGAGCGAGGGCGACAUUUACAGCUGCACCGUGGAGCACUCGGCACUGGAGACACCCCAAACAAGAAUCUGGGAAACAGAAAUAAUGAACAGCCAUGAAAGUCCUGGACUGGAUGUUUUCUGUGCAGUGGGCCUGACUCUGGGCCUGCUGGGAGUCGCAACAGGAACAUUUUUAAUUGUCAAAGGACUUGAAAACAAAAAAAUAUCUCAAUCUUAGAGAGAUUAUACAAAUGAAAAUCACACAAAUAAACAACAAA